CUCAGAUCUUCAAUCAUUCCUGAUUGUGCCUCUUCUUCACUCAAGCUCACAAUUUCCUAUCGCCAUUCAUCACCUGAAAACCAUCACGAACCAAUCAACUCCAAUCACCAUGUCCAAAGGAAAAGCACCAGAACAUCGAAGCUUCACAGAAUUCAUCCGCGAUAUCUUUUGUCCUGAUUCGAAUGAACAACCACCUCGACGUCCUAAUCGGAACAACGGCUCCUCCUCCCGUCCCCGUGAUUCGCCACCCUCUUAUCAGGAUGCGGUUGCUUCCAGCCAACGUCUUGAUGGUGGUCACAAUGCAAAAGAAGCAGUGACCCAUGUUAAGACAGACGACAUGGACCCCCUUGUUGCUUCGGCCUACUGGAACCAGACACGGAGUCCCCUGGUACGACUUCCUGACGCGCUUAUUGUUACCAUUAUGGAACGCCUUGACCUUGAUGACAUCCUCCGGCUCCGUCAUACCUCGCGAGACUUUAUGCGAUUAUUCAGCCAAACUAAGGCUUUCUGGAAAUACCACCUUACUGAUGCACACAACCGCGAGAAACGCACCUUUUUGGCCAGGAUCUGGGCCACUCCUGUGGAUCGUUUUCCAGAACAGCAUCUCCGGUCAUAUGUAUUUGCCCCUGUGUGCGACUCCUGUAUUGCCUUCAGGAAGCAAAAAGGCUAUGGAAGUGAUAGGGAACUUCUUCAAGCUGUGCCUUUCAUCUACUGCGCGGGAUGCAAGAUGGAACACCGAGCCUUCUACUUCUCGGCCCAGCAGCGUCACGAGUCCAACGACGACGAGAGGCUCUGCAGGGGCCGCGAGGGAUGCAUCAAGUUGUGUGAGCACGUAUCCAUAACUUGGGACUCAGCUCAGCGCCUUGCAGAUGCUCCGUCGGGCCAAAAUAUGGUUCAGUGUGACAAUGGACACCAUACAGUCUCCCCAUGCCAGCAUAUCAGAGACGGAGCUUCAAAGCUUUGCCACCAUAACGACAAGCCGCAAUUCAAGUUCUAUAGGGACGAUGAGGAAAAGGUGUGUUUUGAUAUGUCAGUCACAACACAUCUUCCGUUCAAGCCGCAAGGGUCAGAACAGGGUAGCAAGGUGAGUUCUACAGCAUUUCGAGCCAGCAUCGCAAAACUUGUCGACGAGAGGCUCCCCUUGAGAUCCUUUCGCUGGUUGCCGUCAAACGUAGAGGACUGGGAUGUUGUCAGAUGUUUCGAUCCCAACAUUUGUAGCUGUCUAGACUGGGGCCAGCCAAUCUUGCCACACAAGUCUGAUGCACAAACCGCGACCACUACAGACAAGUUUGAUUGGAAACUCUGCCCAAACCCCCAGAGACCUUGGCGGCUUAGGCCAGAUUUAGGAUCUCCUACUUACACAGGCACGAGCGAGUUUCAGCGGGAGCACCAAGACCGAUGCGCAGGGUUCAGUCAUAAGUUCCAUCAUGAUUUCCAAGGGUGUUCUAUGUCCUGGGACUAUACAAGGUGCUCCGAGGAGGAGGGCUUCCUGGUUCUCACACAGACUUUGCGGUCUUGCGCCAGCUCCCCUUUGGACUACGGGUGGGAGAAUUUCGUCCAUUACAAGUCUUACGGCCUGUUGCAUGAUGACGAGAUGCAUGGUAUUUCGUGGUGUCCUCAGUUGGAUUGUUGUUUGAAUGUUCCACAUUUCAUAGAACAUUUCUUCCAGAAAAGGUCGGGGGAUGGCGAUGAGGAAGUACUUUUUUCAUAGGAGCAUUUAGGGGCCCGUUUGCAUAGCAUCUUUGUCAAUCAACUCACCGGGUAUUAGCUACUCCGUGCGAAGGAGAGAUCUUCUGUAGGACGCCUGUCCUCCACGAAUCCUUGAAUGCCGUCUCCAC